CUCGAGGGCUUACUUGGUAAAUUUUGUUAUCAUUAUUAUUAUUAUUUUUGUUUUAGUCAAACGACGUCGGCUAGUCCCUGUGAAACCGUCGUUUAUUCUUGCUGAUGAAGGAAGAAGACGACGACGAAGAGAAGCAAAAUUAAAAGCUGAAUUAUGAGAAUGGCAGGGAGAGAGAGAGAGAAUGAAGAGAAAGCCGAAUAACUUAGCCAUGGUUUUGGUUUAGAUUGAAAAAGAAAUGGUUAAAUUUUGGCAGUGAAAAUCUACAUAAGAGAAUUAGAGCUCGGAUUAAUUUAAAUCUCACGAUUUUUCUUUUAGUGUGGUUUUAUAAAAACCAUGGAGGAAGACGAGGACAAGUUUCUACUCAGCACGUUGGGUGUAACAUCUGUGAAUCCUGAAGACAUUGAACGUGACAUUUUAGCAGAGGUGAGAAACAACACUGAGAAUGAUGGUGAAGCUGGAGUGAGCACUGAGGAAGAACCUCCUGACAAAUCAAUAAGCACUAAUCUAGCAUCUGCUAGCGAAGCUAAACUCUAUAAUAAAUUGAGGGCUGUAAAAUUUGAAAUAGAUGCUGUUGCAUCCACUGUUGAACAGGUGAAAAAUGUUGUUAAUGGUGAAGAUCACGCUUAUGAUGAUUCUGUAAAAUUACAGCCCAGGGAUGGAGAUGAUAAAAGCACUGAUCUGGUUUCUCCUAAUGACUUCACCCUUCAGCAAGCCCUAGCUGCUGAUCGCCUAAAAAGUCUUAAGAGAACUAAGGCUGAUAUUGAGAAAGAAAUUUCAGGUUUGCACAAGGAUGAUACCACUAAGGGUAUGGAGCAUGAAAAACUGUUGGCAGAGAUGGUGAAGGAAGAGCCUAGAUGUAAAAGAAAGUCAAAGGAAGUUCAGAAACCAGGCAAAAACAAGGAAAAGAAUCAGAGAACAGUUUCAUUCAGUGAUGAUACUGACUUUGAUACAAUGUUGGAUGCAGCAUCUGCAGGAUUUGUCGAAACAGAAAGGGAUGAACUGGUCAGGAAAGGGAUUUUGACUCCUUUUCACCAGCUUAAGGGCUUUGAACGCUGUCUUCAGCAGCUGGGGCCGUCGAGUGGGUGCAAUGCAUCAGAGGAAGAGGACAGGAGCCAUGAUCUUGCUUCUGACAGUAUAGCUAGAGCUGCCCAGUCCAUGUUAGAGGCUGCAAAAGCUCGCCCAGUGACUAAGCUACUUGAUUCAGAUGCUGUGCCAAAGCUUGAUGCUCCUACUCGCCCUUUUCAGAGGCUGAAAACACCUUUGCAAUUUCCUCAGUCCCUAGAAAGCGCUUCAGAUAAAACAAAGGGCUCGAAAAGGAAGACAAAACGACCUUUGCCUGGCCAGAAAUGGAGAAAACACAUUACCCGUGAGAAAAACCACUUGGAAGAAAGUGAAUGUACAAAGAAUAACUCAGUUACAUCCAGCACUGAAGAAGAAAAGCUAGAGGAUGAGGAAGAUGUAGAUGGUGAUGAUACUUCUUUGAUAGAACUUGAAGGUGGGCUAAAAAUCCCAGAAGCCAUUUUUAGCAAACUUUUUGAAUACCAGAAAGUGGGAGUGCAGUGGCUAUGGGAACUGCAUUGUCAAAGAGCUGGUGGUAUAAUUGGGGAUGAGAUGGGUCUUGGUAAGACCAUACAAGUCUUAUCUUUUCUAGGAGCAUUGCAUUUCAGUAAUAUGUAUAAACCAAGUAUCGUUAUUUGCCCUGUUACACUCUUGCGACAAUGGAAAAGGGAAGCAGAGAAGUGGUAUCCACGUUUUCAUGUGGAGCUGCUACAUGAUUCGGCACAGGAUCUUCCUCAUGGGAAAAGAGCUAAGUCUUUUGACAGUGAUAAUGAAAGUGAAGGUUCACUUGACAGCGAUUAUGAGGGUAAUAUAUCAUCUAAAAAGGCUAAUAAAUGGGAUUCCUUGAUAAAUCGGGUUUUAAAAUCAGAAGCUGGAUUGCUUAUUACCACUUAUGAGCAACUCAGGUUGCUAGGGGAAAAAUUGCUCGACAUUGAGUGGGGGUAUGCUGUUCUAGAUGAAGGACAUCGAAUUCGUAAUCCAAAUGCUGAAGUUACUCUCAUUUGCAAACAGCUUCAGACAGUUCACCGAAUAAUUAUGACAGGAGCACCAAUUCAGAAUAAGUUGAGUGAAUUGUGGUCUUUGUUUGAUUUUGUUUUCCCUGGAAAGUUGGGGGUACUCCCAGUUUUUGAAGCAGAAUUUGCUGUUCCUAUUUCUGUUGGCGGCUAUGCCAAUGCCUCACCACUGCAAGUAUCUACUGCAUACAGGUGUGCAGUGGUCCUGCGUGACCUGAUUAUGCCUUAUUUGCUCCGGCGUAUGAAGGUGGAUGUGAAUGCGCAGCUUCCUAAAAAAACCGAACAUGUUCUCUUCUGUAGCCUUACUGCAGAGCAACGUUCUGUGUAUAGAGCAUUUCUUGCAAGUACUGAAGUGGAACAAAUAAUUGAUGGGAGUAGGAAUUCCCUAUAUGGAAUAGAUGUAAUGAGAAAGAUAUGUAACCACCCUGAUCUGCUUGAGAGAGAACAUUCCUGUCAGAAUCCUGACUAUGGAAAUCCUGAUCGCAGUGGAAAAAUGAGAGUUGUUGCCCAAGUGCUAAAAGUUUGGCGGGAGCAGGGACAUCGUGUUCUUCUUUUUGCUCAAACUCAACAGAUGCUUGACAUUCUUGAAAUAUUCUUGAACUCUGGUGGUUACAGCUACCGGAGAAUGGAUGGUCUGACUCCCAUAAAGCAGAGGAUGGCCUUAAUAGAUGAAUUUAACAACUCAAAUGAUGUGUUUAUCUUUAUCUUAACUACAAAGGUUGGUGGAUUAGGGACUAAUCUAACAGGGGCGAACAGAGUGAUUAUCUUUGACCCAGAUUGGAACCCUUCAACUGAUAUGCAGGCCAGAGAACGGGCUUGGCGUAUUGGUCAGAAACGGGAUGUUACUGUGUAUAGAUUGAUCACACGAGGGACUAUUGAAGAGAAGGUGUAUCACCGGCAGAUUUACAAACAUUUUCUAACUAAUAAGAUAUUGAAAAACCCACAGCAGAGAAGGUUCUUCAAAGCUCGAGAUAUGAAGGAUCUUUUCACUUUGAAUGAUGAUGGAGGGAGCGGGUUAACUGAAACAUCUAAUAUUUUUAGUCAGUUAUCUGAAGAGGUAAAUGUUGUUGGUGCAAAGAAAGAAAAGGAAGACAAGAAGAAACACUACAAAGGUAGUGCAUCACAUGCUGAUGAUGCUGCACUUGACAAAGAAAACAGCCCUGAGAUUGGACCUUCCCACAGGAAAGGUAAAGGGAAAGAGAAAGCCAAUCACAGUGAUGGGGAAGUAGAUGAAGAAACAAAUAUUUUGAGGAGUCUUAUUGAUGCUCAAGGGAUACAUAGUGCUGUGAACCAUGAUGCAAUUAUGAACGCACACGAUGAAGAGAAGACGAGGCUUGAGGAGCAAGCUUCUCAAGUCGCACAAAGGGCAGCCGAAGCAUUACGUCAAUCACGAAUGCUUCGUAGUCAUGAUAGUGUAUCUGUCCCAACUUGGACAGGGAAAUCGGGGACUGCUGGUGCACCAUCAUCUGUUCGCCGGAAAUUUGGAUCAACUGUGAACUCCCAGCUGAUUAGAUCUUCUGAUGUAUCCAGCAAUAAAACAAGCAGCAUGAAUGGAAUGGGAGUUGGAGCCUCUGCUGGGAAGGCACUAUCAUCAGCUGAACUAUUGGCUAGAAUUCGAGGGAAUCAAGAGAGAGCUGUCGGUGCUGGACUUGAACAACAGUUUGGCUUGGCAUCAACUUCUGCUAACAGAGCUGGGUCUGAAAAUAAUGGAGUGUCUAGGCCCUCCAAAAAUUUAUCUGGUGUGCAGCCUGAAAUAUUGAUUCGCAAGAUCUGUACAUUUAUACAACAGAGAGGUGGAAUCACUGAUUCAGCAACUAUAGUGAAUCACUUUAAGGAUAGGAUCCUUGAAAAGGACAUGCCCUUAUUUAAGAAUCUUUUGAAGGAAAUAGCAACCCUGGAGAAAGAUCCAAAUGGAAAAGUAUGGGUUCUGAAACCGGAGUAUCGACAGCAAUAAUUCCUUGUCCUAAUAAUACACAUUUUUGUCAGAGGUCAUGUAAGUAGGUUAUAUUUGCGUGGUAAGCCUUCUGAAAUUUUGACAUUCUGGAAAUAUCUUAGUAUGGUCUGACACUGCUGAUUAGUAGCAGCUUUGUUUUUUCUUUUUAAUCACAAACACAGCAAAAGGAUGUGUUUAGUUGUACAGUUUUAAUAGUCAUUUUCUCUCGUUACAGUUUGGAAGGAUUUUUUGAAGAAAAAAGUACAAAAAUAUGCCUUUUGGUUAGACAUUCAUGUACUUGGAGGACUAUAGUUCUUUUUGUGAUAAAGAAAUACUUUCUGAUUUA